AUGGGCGCUCAGCAUAGUAGCAACAAAAGCGAAAAUGGAAGUUGGACAGGAUCUACACGAGGUGGUAUAGCUGAUCCAUCACUAUUUAACGCAGGAUGCUCUGAAUCUUGUGAAUGGGCUGAAACUGGUAUGAACAGUAUGGAGCGUCGACCAUCCUCCGUCGAUACGUUCCGCGCGCUCCACCGAAAGGCCAACGCAUCUUGGAGUAGUAGGGAGGACUUGAUUGCUGCUUCCAUGGUAAGCAACAAUGGAGAAGAACUAUCACCCCUAUGUGUAGCUCUUUAUGAUUUCCAUGGAGUAGGAGAGGAGCAAUUAAGUAUUCGCAAAGGCGACACGGUUCGUGUGCUGGGAUACAACAAAGCAGGUGAAUGGUGCGAAGUGCGUCUUGUUUCCGCUCGAAGACCGGAUGCUGCAAGUCAAAAGCGAAUUGGCCAAAUCGGUUGGAUUCCCACUAGUUAUGUAGCUCCAUCAAAUUCCCUCGACAAGCAUAGUUGGUACCAUGGAAAAGUUUCGAGAAGUGAAUCGGAAUAUAUUCUUGGUUGCGGCAUUAACGGGUCUUUUCUUGUACGGGAGUCAGAAACAAGCUUAGGACUAUUCUCCAUUUCGGUACGGCAUGAUGGACGGGUGUUUCAUUAUAGGAUCAAUGUAGAUGUCCAAGAUAAACUUUUCAUUACACAAGAAGCAAAGUUUAAAACUUUAGGUGAACUUGUGCAUCACCAUAGUGUGCAUGCAGAUGGCCUUAUUUGUACCCUGAUGUAUCCAGCUCCAAAAAAGAAUAAACCUCCAUGUGUUUUCUCUUUGAGUCCAACUCAACCUGACGAAUGGGAAGUUGAUCGCAGUGAAAUCGUCAUGCACAAUAAACUCGGUGGUGGUCAAUAUGGAGAUGUCUAUGAAGGUUUUUGGAAAAGACACGAGAAAACUGUGGCUGUCAAAACACUUAAGGAAGAAGCUAUGGCCUUACAUGACUUCCUAGCAGAAGCAGCUAUUAUGAAAGAUCUUCAUCAUCGAAAUCUUGUUCAGCUCCUUGGAGUCUGUACACGAGAAGCGCCUUUCUAUAUUAUAACGGAAUUCAUGUGCAAUGGAAACCUACUUGAAUAUUUAAGAAAAACCGACCGAUCUAAGCUUCCGCCAACAGUUCUGAUGUACAUGGCUACUCAAAUUGCUUCCGCCAUGGCAUAUUUAGAGUCGCGUAAUUUUAUUCAUAGAGAUCUCGCUGCAAGAAAUUGUUUAGUAGGGAAUGAGAAUAUCGUGAAAGUAGCUGAUUUUGGAUUAGCAAGAUUCAUGCGUGAAGAUACCUAUACAGCGCAUGCCGGAGCUAAGUUUCCCAUCAAAUGGACUGCUCCGGAAGGACUUGCUUUCAACACUUUCAGUACUAAAAGUGAUGUUUGGGCGUUUGGUGUGCUAUUAUGGGAAAUAGCCACAUAUGGAAUGGCUCCAUAUCCCGGUGUUGAUCUCUCUAAUGUAUAUUCUCUUUUGGAAAAGGGUUUUCGUAUGGAUGCUCCUCCUGGUUGUCCCUCCAGUGUGUAUAGGCUCAUGCUUCAAUGUUGGAAUUGGUCGCCAAGUGAUCGUCCUCGAUUCAGCGAUAUUCACAUGAGUUUGGAAUCAUUGUUCCCUCAUAGUAGCAUAGAUGAAGAAGUUGAUCGCCAAUUAGAGAAAUCACGUGCAUCUUCUCAAAGACGUUCCAGAAGGAGUGAAGGAAUUCCUUCUCCUCGGUAUCAAGAACGAGAUAGAAGAUCAUUUGCUUCAGCUUCGUCAGACUGUUAUCCACCGGUGCCAUUGAGAAGCUUCAUGGACACCAGCCAAGAACAUAACGUCCCGAACAUGUCCUCUUUCCGUGAUUCUUGUACAGAAAUUAGGCCACCUCCCCGCAAUUUACCACUCCCAACACCUCCUGCGUCUGCUAAACCAAAAUUGUUAAAAACAGUUCUCGAUUCAAACGCUCAUACAGCUGAUAGACAGAGCUAUAGUGACGAUGUUGUUGUUUCUCCUCUAGCUGAAAAAAAUCUGAGAAAAGCCUUCAAUAGAUUUGGAACUGUUCCCAAGGGGGCAAGAAUAGAUGCUUAUCUGGAAUCUAUGAAAAAGGCCUCACCAGAUCAAAGUUUCCCGGAUUCUGAUGGAUUAGACAUAGCUGCUCUAAGUAAUGCUGUUUCUGAUGACUCUCUAGAUGCCAUACCCCUACCUGAUGAUGGUUCAAACAUUAUAUUGAGGGAAUUGAAGUCUCGUCUCAAGAAAACGAAAUCGGAAUCUCCUGUCUCUUCUGACUCAACAACAACAAGUGUGGGAGCUCAAGCUAGUUCAGGACCAAGUACAAGUGAAGCGUCAAGUCCUCGAACUCCUCGCUUGGAUAAACGUUCAAACUCAGAGAAAGUCGAUUCCGAGUCUUUCUCUUCCAACCGUAUAUCGUCUUCAUCUGAUGCUGCUUUGCGGAAACCGGAGCCAAAGCCUCGAAAAGUUGACGGAGGUUCUCAGACAGAUGUCGCUGAAACAGGAUGGAAAUCGAGGAAAUCUGUUAAUAAAAAAGACGAGAAACGAACUGUUGCUGAAAGUGAUAGUUCUUCCGCUGAGGUUGAGUUGAAAGCUCGCAUCAGAACUUUACGUCAUGUGGAAAGAGAAGAAUCUACUCCCAGCCCUUCUUCCACUAGUAGUUCUAACAACCAACCAGAGACUGCUCGAGUACGCCAACUUAUAACACAGAAGGUUGCCCCUUUACAACAUCAUCGCCCAUUCAGUUUGCAGCCUGAUAUUGCACCCUCUUCAGAUGAAUCUGAUUCAUCGUGUCCGGCCGUCAAUAUGAAGCAUGUAGAACGGUUAAGCGAAGGUCCCAAGCCUUUCAGUACUUUGCAAAGAAUGAAGCAGAAAGAACCGAUCAAAGAGAGCUCAACUGAAAGCGAUCCUUCUGACAAUAACAUGGUUCGCACUCAAUCUCUCAGAGAUAUUACUAGCAAGUUCGAGCAGUUAACAGCCCCUUCGCAAACCAAAGCUCCUGUUCCUAUCCGGACCCCUUCUGUAGUUAGUUCACAAAAGCGGUUUUCACUGAUGGAAAAACCUCGUGCUCCAUCUGUAAUACAUGUGCCUACGCAUGAGCCCAUUAGUGCUACGUCUGCAGCUGACCCAUCUUCAGUCAGUAAAGAAUCGCUGUUGGAACUUUAUAGCCAACUUGAAUCUUGUGUUCAGGAUUUACGGAAUGAAAGAGUUGGAAGAGUUACUCAGGCUCCAAGAGGUGACUCUCGCUUAGCACUCCUCAUACGUCUUAGUGAUUUAAUGCAGCAGUUUCAUUCUACUUGUGCCAUAUACGCAGAACAGAUUACUCCACACAGCAAAUUCCGAUUUAGAGAAUUGUUAAAUAGGCUAGAAGUAUAUGUAAGGCAACUCCGAACAUGUGCGUCCACGUCAGGGUCAAACCCAGAACUAGCAGAGCAACAUAUUCUCCCCCAAUUUGAACAAACUUUCAUGCAAAUAAUGCAACUUGUUAGUAGGUGA